UUGUCCACAAUUUUCGAUUUGCCAUUUAAGUUUACUAAAUUAAGUGUUUAAGAAAAAGAAAUAAACAACAGAAUAUUACUUGUGCACAAAAUGCAUAAAAAUCAAGAAAAUAGUCUUUUUAAAAGUAAUAAAUCUUCACAAAACGGUUCCUCCUGCGCUAAUCAGGAUCACUCGCAACAGGCUCCGCGCGAAUAUUGUGACGCCAAUGACGUCAGCAGUCUUUCGUCCAUGAAGGAGAUCACCUUAAUUGAGACAGUCACCACUUUUUUGGAAGAGAAUGGUGCGGCCGAGGUGGACCCGAAGGUGUUGCGACACUUGGCUGAAGCUCUAUCCAAACGUAUAGAUGAUACCAGUCCAGGCGGACUUCAAGAUGUAACCAUGGAAAAUUCAUACAACAGUUUUGAUGCUGCUCGGACACAAGGUAUCGGAGGCAGCUCGCCUAUUAUGUUGCAAGGACGUUCCGUGCGCGAACUGGAGGAGCAAAUGUCCUCAUUGCGCAAGGAGAAUUUCAAUUUGAAGCUGCGCAUCUAUUUUAUGGAGGAAGGCCAAACUCCUGUGCGCGGAAACAAUUCUCACGAUUCAUUGUCCAAGCAAUUGGUUGACUUAAAAAUUGAGAUCGAAGUGCUGCGAAAGGCCGUCGCAGAGAAAACUGAGCUGCUGAAGGAUGCGGCUCGUGCCAUAGAGCAGCACGAGGAUAUGCAACAAAAGACCGAUAUGGAAAAUCAAAGAUUGAUUGAGCAGCUGCAGCACAAUAUUGAGCAGAUGGAGUCAAAAAUGAUGCAUUCAGAAGCACAGAAAUCUAUGGACGUGUUGUGUAAUGGCCAAAUAAAACGCAUGGAGGAUGAAGUAAACAAAUUGGAAUGUGCUUUGAAAGAGGCCGAUCUCGAGCGUAAGGCAUCCCAUUGCCAAAUCCAAAAACUGGAACAUGAGCUCAACGAGCGUCAGGAGUCGUUGAUAUCUUGCGAGGCUAAGAUCGAAGAGCUGGCGAUUAAGAAUGCCGAGCUAGUGCAUAAAAUGGAAAGGCACGAAAAGGCGACAGAGUUGUCAAAUAACGAAUUGAAAUAUCAAAAGGCUGAAAUUCAUAUGUGUGUUAACGAAAAUCAACGAUUGGUUAACUCGUUGUCUGGGAUAGAGCAUGAGCUUAUACGUCAGAGUUCAUCCCUUAAGGAGGCCACAUCGGCCAUGGAUAUGCAAAGACACACAAUUCAGUUACUGGAAGAUACCAUCAAAGAAAAGGAUUGUGCCUAUAGCCGCCUGCUUAAACGACUUAUUGAAUGCGAGGGCAUCAUUAGUAAGCAAGGAGCCGAGAUGGAUUUGGUGCGUCGGGAGAACGAAUUCUUUCGUGCCCUAAUCGACAGUUUACAGAGGCAUAAUACAAAUCAGCAGCUGAGCAUGGAACGUGUGGCUAUUGUCCAGCCCAUGCGCAAUUCGGACAACUAUGACAACAAUAACAACAAUGUCGCGUAUUCUGUGCGUGGGCAAGGAUCCAAAGGCGCGUACGAGCAUGGUGAAGUCAUCGCCCAUUGCUGUGCAAACGAAGAGUGCUCAGCAUCAAUGUAUACAUUGCAAGGGCUGUCGCAGGAGCAGCAGCAGCCACAUAAAGCAGCAGCGACAAGCUGCCGCAUUACCCACAGCAUCGCAAAGCACGGCUUUCUACAACUAUUCACAGCCGAGCUUAACUGGAUUUCGACAAUUCCUUUGGCCCUGGGCCAAUUUGCGCUCCGAAUGACAUAUCUGGCGGUCCGACUGCACAAUACAAUACUGUGCAUGGAUGCGCCGUUGCAGCCAAAAUCUGAACUAGCUGCACAGCUGGCGGACAAGAUGUGUGAGCUACAGGAUACCGAAGAGAAGUUGAAGGAGCGCGAACGCAUACAUGAGCAGGCGUUGCGCACCAUACAGAAGCUAAUGCAGAAACUGAGCAGUCAGGAUAAGGAAAUCAAGCGCUUAAAUCAGGAACAUUCAAACCGCAAGCAGGACAACAGUGCUGAUGCAAUCAUAUCUGGAUCAGAAAACCGCGCCCAUAGCGAUAGUGAGGCUCUUGUCGCUGAAACUACAACCAGCCUCAAAGAACGUUUGGCUGAGCAAGAAGAAACCAUUAAAGAGUUGCGCGCUGAAAUUAAGAAAAAGACCGCCAAUCUACAGAAUCUGGUCAACAAAGAACUGUGGGAAAAGAAUCGUGAAGUGGAGCGACUCACAAAACUAUUAGCCAGCCAGCAGCUAAUAGCCGAAGAAGGUGCUGAUCUGCAACAAUCGUGCACUGAGCAGGACUAUACCAAGGCACUGGAACGCAAUAAGUUGCUGCAACGAAAGGUGGAUGUCCUUAUCAAGCGUUUGGGCGAGGAGCAACACAACGAUGCUUUGAUCUCGCAAUUGCGGCACGAGCUGAACUUAGUUCGAGCGGAUGCGGAGAGCGCCAAUAAAUGGCGUCUUGAGUGCGCGGACGUUUGCGGCGUGCUGACAAAUCGAUUGGAGGAAUUGGCUGGUUUUCUCAACUCGCUGCUGAAGCACAAGGAUGUUUUAGGAGUGCUGGCCGCGGAUAGACGCCAUGCCAUGCGACGAGCUGUGGACCGCAGUCUAGACUUGUCCAAGAGUCUGAACAUGACACUCUCCAUAACAGGCACAUCCCUAGCCGAUCAAAGUCUAACCCAGCUCUGCAAUCUAUCAGAGAUUUUGGUAGCCGAUGCUGAUGAUUGUAAUCGUACGUACAAUUCACACGAAGAAAUUCGAGCAGAGGGUAGUCACAACGGACCCACCAUGGAAACUUUAAAAGCUGAGAACAAGGCGCUGAAGCGAGAACUGGAAAAGCGACGCAGCACGGACGGGCAGAUGCGUAAAGAACGACGUUCCCUGCCUUUGUCCAUGCAGCAGCAACAGUUGGAUAAUCAGAGUGAAUCUGAAGCCUGGUCUGAACCGGAUCGCAAAGUUUCCCUGGCACGUAUGGGCUUGGAUGAAAACUCCCAAAGUUUGGCGUGCGAGCAAAAGCAGCAGCUUACCGAAUCGGACAGCGAGGGGCAGAGCCGCAUGACCAGCGCGGCAACAAGACAGGAGCGUGCACGCCAAAGCGAGCGCAUCGCCCAUCUGGAGGAGCUCAUAGCCCAGCGAGAUGAGCGCAUCUUGAAUGUGCAGUGUCAGCUAGUGGACUCGGAUAAUCGCUACAAGCAGGAACAGUUGCGUGUCAUUGAACUUUCUCAACAGUUGGAUCAACUGCGCGCCCGCAACGAAGAGCUGCAAGCAGAUUUGAAGCUCAUUGGCACGCAGGAGGAUCAACAACUGGCUGAGUUGCAGCAUCUCCUGGAUCAACGCACCAAACAAUUUGAAGAUCUACAGAUGACCCACAAAGUUUUAACCGCGGAUGCGGAAAUCACAGAAAUGGAAUUGCAGGCGGUUCGCCAACAGUUUACCGAAUUGCAAUCGGAACAUGAAUCGGAUCUGCGACAGGCAAAGCUCGAGAUGCAACAGCUGAAGCAGGAAGCUACGGAAAAGUUGGAGGAGCAGCGCCAAUCGCAUGAGGACAAAUUGUCACGUGAUUGGAUUGCUUUGUCCCUUUACGAGGAGCAGAAGCAACAGCUCCUCGAGCUACAGAGACAGCAUGUGGACUGCAUGCAAAACCUUGAAUAUCAUCAAGAGUUGGAGAAGGAACUGAAGCAAUCCUUGGUGGAUAAUGAAUUGACAGCUCGUGCGCUUAAGAAGCAAUUGGACGAGAGCGCCUUGCAGGCUUCUAAGGCAGUCAUGGAACGCACAAAGGCCUACAACGACAAGCUUCAGCUAGAGGAGCGGUUGGAGCAACUUAAAACACAACUGGCAUUGAUUAAAGACGAACCUCAGCAACAACAACAGCAGCAGCAGCUGCGUCAGCCGCCUAAGCGUUUAAAUAGUAGCGAUGUGUCGCAGUCUGGCUACACAUCCGAGGAGGUUCCAGUGUCAGUGAUGAAGUCACGAGCUACUGCGUCCGCAAAUGCAGCUGUGGUGGCCCAACGCAUGAACAAUUCUUCUCCCGAUCUGGGUAUAGAGAGCGAUGCGGGUCGAGUGUCAAGCGUUGAGUUGUCAAAUGCGCAGCGCACGCAGCUCAAGACUGUGGAGCUGAAGAGUAAGAAAGGCGAUGGCGCUGAUGAAGAUAAAUCGAAUAUCGGCGGCGGCGAUGCUGCUUCAGCCAUACACGAUUGUGCCAAGGUAGAUCAAGAAAAUGCUGAAUUGCGUCGCAAAUUAACACGCACCAAGCGCGCAUUUGAAGACACCUAUGAAAAAUUACGUCUGGCUAACAAAGCAAAAGCACAAGUUGAAAAAGACAUUAAAAAUCAAAUACUUAAAACCCACAAUGUACUGCGUAAUGUUCGAUCCAACAUGGAGAACGAGUUAUAACAUAUGGUCUGGCAUAAACAUCAGCACUAGCUCAUAAACACCUUGCAUUAUCAUAAGCACAUAAGUUAACAAAGACAUGCCCGAAACCAAUUUAUCAUAUAAUUUCCAUUAAUCAACAUGUUAAUUUGUACGUAUGACGAUAACAUUUAAACAAAAAAAUACCUUAUGCAUUUUCCGAAGACUGUUUAGGGACUUUAAAAAGCUGUGCGCAACAUUGACAAACUAAUGUGCUAAAUAUCUCAAUACUAACUGCAUGUAUUUCCACUCACUCACAAGUUAACAAUAAGGCCAAAAAGCCCCCCGAAUAUUCGCCCAUCCUACCCAGUUUUAAUAUUGAAUGAUCCUCAAAUGCGCAUUCAUUACUAAAUAUAUAAAAAAAUACAUA